ACAAUCAUAUACAGCUGUCGGCAAGACUAGAGAGUGUUUUACUGUAUGACAAUGUAUAGAGGUUGAUUAACAACGUUUGUUUCCGCCUGUCAAUCUGUCAAUAUAUUUAAAGAUUUUCGUCCGUACAUCAAUAUUGCAUUAUUGUACGUCAAUUUAUCAUAAUUCUGCAACAUUUGUUAAGACAAAAAACUUAAUUUGUUUUCAAUUCGUGCAAGCAGUCGUGUUGUAUAAUGUUCGCUGUGUGUUUGUAUAGGAAUUUAUAACAAACCAAGUAUCUACCGUACAGUUAUGGCUUUGGAAUUGGAAAAACGUACAUCCCGCAUGCGAAACUUUCGAGUAGUCCUCCUGGGUUCCACUGGCGUUGGCAAAACGUCUCUGAUCAAGCAGCUCUUGUAUAAAGAUUUCCCAGAAAGGCAUAAAGAGACUCUUGAAGAGCUUCACCGUCACGUACUAGACAUGGGUGCAAUGUCAGUAGAAAUAGACAUUCUCGAUACUUCCGGAACACAUGAGUUCCCGGCCAUGAGGCAAUUAGCUAUUGCCACUGGCAAUGCGUUUCUUCUCGUCUACUCUGUUGAUAUCAGAGAAAGCUUUGCAAAUGUCAAGUUCCUUAUAAAUGAAAUAAAAGAAAACAAGCAGGGGGCGGAUUACUUCAUUAUUGUGAUAGCCAACAAGUCUGAUUUGGAAGACAUUGACAAAGAGCAGAAAGCUUUAAAUGAGUCAAUAGUGUGCAUGGAGUGGAGUGAGAAGCUUGUGGUUACUUCUGCAAAAACCGGCGGCAACAUUGUAAAAGUAUUGGACUAUAUUAAAGAAAAGGUCAAAGACAAAAUUGCUUCGGAAAGCAAAAAGCAGCCUCAUUUGAGAAGAAUUUCGAUGCCGUCAAUAAAACUGACAAAACAUCGACAGAAUGCAUUAAAGAAAAAUUCGAGAACAUUCUCAGCCGAUUAAAUCUGAAACAAUAUAACAAUGGCAUAGGUUGUCCGCUUUUUUUUUCCUUUGAUUAUUUGAUAUAUUUUAAUUUGUUAAUUGGCAUAAUUAACUCUUGUUAAGGGAGGGGCCAUUAUACCUAUUCGAAUCAUUCAUCUUUGAAAAACUUUAUCACCUUUAUUUAACAACGACUUGAUUUUGUUUGUUUAUUAUAUCAAAAAGCUAUUAUGAUUCGGUGAUAGUCUUCUAAAAAGAAAAGAGGAUAAUAAUGUGAUGUCAUAUCUAACAUUAUACAUGUAUAUAUGAAUUGUUUUAAUUGGUGCUAUAUGUGUUCCAUUUACAAAAUACGAUAUUUGUAUAAAUGAACGUUUAUCUGGUAACUUAUAAUGAUUGUAAUAUAAUAGAAUGUUAUGUAACAAUUAAAUUUUGCAUAACGAUAUGCGUUUAUAUUGUAAAAAGAAAGUUAUAUAUGACUGUAAUAUAACACAAUGUUAUGCAGAAAUUAAAUUUUGUAUAACGAUAGGCGAUUAGUUUUUACGUAUUAGUCAUAAAAUGACAUGUGUUUGUACAGGAUACAUCUGUAGCUUUGUUUUGCAACUAUGAGGUUGUUUUGACAUAGUUAUUUGUAACUUUAUUGGCAAUAAUAAUUUACAUAGCAAACAUUAUAACAUUUAUUUAUUUAUUUAUUUAUUUAUUUAUUUUAAUGUAAAGCCUUUACUUUGAGUUUGUUUUAUUACUAUGCAUAUAAAAAUUAAACGACCAUGUAUAGGUUGAAAAUGGCAUAUUUUAUAUUUCACAUUUUAAAUAAAGCAU